AUGGUGGAAAAUAAUGAUAUUGACAUUAAUGUUUCUAAACUUGACUGCGUCAAGGAAGUUAUUAGUACUGCGGAAACAGUAUCCAAUGCAGUUUCAGCUUUCGUGCCUAUCGCAGCUGUAGCAACUGCUGUACUUAAAUUAUGUGAAGAAAUAUGUGUCAUAUAUCAGACAGCACAAUGUAACGAAGGAAUGUGUGGUAUAUUACUAGAUCAAGUACAAUUAGCUGAAUAUCCUAUUAAGAGAUUAUUGCGAAGAAAAGAUGCUUCUCUUGAUAAAGAAUAUUGCAAUAAUUUGAUAAAAUUUAGACAGACUUUGGAGAAAAUAAAGAAUUUUACUAAACAAGUAUCUCAGCUUAGUAGUUUUAAAAAGUUUAUCACCGCUAAUAACGUAAAAGAAGCAUUUGAUACACUGUCUAAAGAAUUCGAUACACGCAUGAAAAUUUUGAAUUUCAGCACCUUAAUUCACAAUGAGGAACAAAGAAUUAUUGAUCAACAACGGGUAGAUAACGAUCUUAAUAGAAUAAUUGAUUGGAUGGCUAAAUUAGACGAUAAAGUCGACACGAAAUUGCAGUUUGCUGCAGAGAUGAUAAAUCGAGCUGAUGAUAAAUCAGAUUUUAAACCAACAAGCAUAGAUCCGAAUUUAUUACAAGAUCUAAAUGUCAGCGUUCGCUCUGGAAAAGUAGUCAAAAAAAAGUAUAUAUCACAACAGACUGAAGUUGCUUGUAAACCUAUAGAUCUUUACGGAUCUGAUGGGACCAAAAACCAAAAAGCUCAAUCACUAUUGGCAAUAUUGGAAAUGCUAGGUGAUUGCGAUUACUUUCUUAAAUUUUAUGGCAUGACUAAAUAUUAUCAACCAAAAAUUGCAAAUUUCGAGUUCUCUCGUAAUGUGACUUCUAACAUAUCUAUGGAUAUUGGUGGUCGUAUUGUAGAUGUUGUUCGUUGGCUAGCUCCGGAAAAAAUUCGGAGUUCUAAAGUUCCAUAUUCUUCAAAGUCACUAUACCAACAAGACAAAAUAAUCCAAAAAGAAUUUGAAAAUAUCAUUAAAGGAGGUAAUUUAGAUGCACAAGUGUUUUACGCACUUGCUAAAGAAAUAAGGCCAAAAGACAGAAAAGAAGUGAUUAAAUAUUUAACAAUGGGUGCUAACAACGGAAAUAGAGAUGCGUUAUUUAAUUUAGGCAAUUUGUUAUAUAAAAAAGAUUUCGAACAAGGGUCAAAGUAUUUGAAGUUGGCGGCUAUCAAAGGACAUCCGAAGGCAAUAGAAAAGGUAAAAGCGUUAGAUAAACGUGACAGAUAG